AUGGACGGCCUUCGAGACUCAGCGCCCAAUGCAGAGGCGGCCGUCUCUCAUGUGCCAAGUGCGAGCGACACUGGCGACACCGCUCUUCUAGCGAAAUUGGGAUACAAACAGGAAUUGCGUCGGCAUUAUUCCACGCCUCAGGUUUUUGCGAUCGCGUUUAGUAUUAUGGGACUUGUACCUUCUAUCGCAUCGACUAUUGCGUUUUCGUUGCCUGCAGGCCCGGUCGGCAUGGUUUGGGGGUGGUUUACGGCUAGUAUAUUUAUUUUCAUUGUUGGGCUUGCGAUGUCUGAUCUUGCGUCUGCUAUGCCUACAGCUGGAGGUCUAUAUUGGUGGACUCAUUAUUUCGCCGGCCAGAAAUAUAAAAGCCCUUUGAGCUUUUUGAUUGGGUAUAGCAAUACGCUUGGCUUGAUUGGUGGGAUCUGUUCUGUGGACUAUACGCUAGCUCUCAUGAUCAUCUCCUGCGUCGGGAUUGCACGCGAUGGUGCAUGGUCCGCCUCUCGCGGUGAAAUCUACGCCAUGUACGUUGCUUUAAUCCUUAUCCAUGGGUUCUCCGGCUCCUUCAUGGGGCGAAUCAUGCCUAAGAUCCAGACAUUCUGCAUCUACAUCAAUAUCGCGCUUGUGAUCGCCACUGUGAUCGCGUUGCCAGUUGGAAAGGUCACGCGCGGCGGAUCAUUAAAUUCAGGCGAUUACGUGUUUCGUCAUAUCGAUAAUGAAACGACUUGGCCAACUGGGUGGGCAUUCAUGCUUGCGUGGCUAGCUCCGAUUUGGUCCAUCGGGUCUUUCGAUUCCUGUGUGCAUAUGAGUGAAGAAGCGAUGCAUGCUGCGAAAGCCGUACCACUCGGAAUUAUGUUUUCUGCAGGCUCGGCUUGCGUGCUUGGGUUUUUGGUGUUGAGUGUUAUGGCCGCUACUAUGAAUCCUGAUGUGACGCAGACGAUUAACACUCAGUUUGGUCAGCCUAUGGCACAGAUCUAUUACGAUGCACUGGGUAAAGAAGGAGCUCUAGGUUUCAUGAUUGUCCUGUGCAUAAUCCAAUAUCUCAUCGGUCUGAGCUUGAUUGUGGCCGCUUCUCGUCAAGCUUGGGCAUUCUCCCGCGACGGCGCACUUCCAUUCUCCACAAUUUUCCGCCACGUCAGUAACCGCAUCCAGUACCAGCCCGUCCGCAUGGUCUGUGGCUUGGUAGUAGUAUGUCUGAUCCUAGGACUGUUAUGUCUGAUCAACAACGCCGCUGCCAAUGCCCUUUUCUCGCUUUUCGUUGCAAGCAACUACCUAUCCUGGGGUACGCCUAUAUUCUGUCGCCUAGUUUGGGGUCAGGACCGGUUCCGCCCCGGUGAGUUUUACACUGGGAGAUUCAGUAAGGUGAUUGGGUGGAUUGCGGUCGUUUACCUUGUUUUUGGGGUCGUAUUGUCCAUGUUUCCGAGUGGAGGGCCUGAUCCAGGUCCUCCGGAUAUGAACUAUACGAUUGUUAUUAAUGGGUUUGUUUGGAUUGGGUGUAUGGUUUAUUACUUUGUUUUUGCGCGACAUUGGUACACAGGGCCGAAGAUGACUGUUGACGAAGGUCGAUCGAGUGACUCGGAUAAUGCGAUCUCCGCGCCUGUCGAUCUUCAGCAGACUUCUAAUGGCCACAAGGAAGAGUGA